UUCACUCCCGGGGCAUCAGGUAUGACAUAUCAACCAACAAAUACUGAUAUUGUUCCAUACACGGCAUCACAAAUAUUAAGGAAUUCUAGUCUUUCAUCACUUGAGAAUGUAUUUGGUGGUUCUCGACCACAACAUUUUGAGAAUGCCCCCAACUUUAAUUCAUCACCUGGGCUGCCAAUGUCCAUUGAGACCCCUGGUGUUGUUAAUCAUUUAGAGGACUCCAACGAUGAAGUGGAGAAUGCAAACGAAUGUGGUGAACCAUCAGUGAAGGAGAAGCGUAGGAUUUUUCCUAAGCGUUGUGGGACUGGGAGUCACUAUCUUUACCAGCAUGGCAAAAAAAAAAAAAGCAACGAGAAACAAAGAACUGUAAUUGAGAGGUUUCAGGUUGAUGCAGCUUGUUGAUAUUCUGGAUAACCCUUGGUGAAUAGUAGAGAUUUUUUGUGAAGAAUGAAGCUACUAGUCAUUAUUUUGUAAAGCAACAUGUUCUAUGAAUACAUGAAUGUUUCAAUUAUUUUCUAUUUA